ACACUCCCAAGUUUCACCAGAGGAAUGAAGUUGGGGCUCUUUGCCUUGCAGAGCAUAGGUAUUUUCCCCAGCUAAGAGGAUCGGAAAGAUUCCACCAGUGGGCUUGCAUCAUGGAGGCUAGCAGUCAAUCCAGUAGUCAACAGAUUCUGUGGAAAGAUGUUGAGGCUGGAAAAGGGAAGAAGGCCAAGUACCACACCUAUCAGCGAGUGGCUCUGGUCCUGGCUCUGGUCUUCCUGGUUUUGGCUCUUUGCGUUUUCAGCCUGAGAUAUCUGUGGGGCCCCAGUCUGGGGAAGGUUUAUGACCAUCAGUACAAAGCUGUGCUGGACGGUGUGGAGACAGACAGUGUGAUGGAGAUUGACCCAGGUCACCGCAUCGAGAUCUUCAGAAUGGGAAAUGGGAGCGAGGAGGUGCUUGAGGUGCAUGACUUCAAAAAUGGAAUCACUGGGAUCCGGUUUGCCGAACAUCAGAGGUGCUACAUCAGGACCCAAACUAAGAAACUACCCCCAGUGGCAGAGGUGGAGGCUGAGGACACAGAGUUGCUGCAGGUGGAUGAGACUGAGGCCAUGGAUCUGAAGGUGGAGGACUCCCAAGUGUGGGUUCCUGCCGAGGAGCCCAUCGUUAACCCGGCCUUCCUCCUCGACUCCAAGAUCUGGGAGAUUUGCCAGCAGCUGCCCAUCCACUGGAUCCAUCCCUCCCCCCUGAGCGAUGCUGAGGAUGAAAAUGUGGACGCACCUGACGCAGAGGUCACAGGCCAGCGUUUCACCCGCGAAGUCCUGGACCACGUUCCCGUAAAUGACUAUAGAGAUGUUGGAAUCGAGCUGGAUAACCGUCUGGAUGACCGUGGCUACUGCUGCCAGCACUGUCGCCGUGGUUACCGCUUCUGCCGCCGCUACCACGAGCCCCUGGGUGGCUUCAACCCCUGGCCAUACUACUACCAAGGAGGCCGGGUCAUCUGUCAGAUUGUCAUGCCGUGCAACUGGUGGAUCGCCCGCAUGCUGGGGAGGAUCUGAGUCAGCCGUGUGCUGUCUGGGAGUUAGUGUUUAGGUUGUUGUAGGUGCAAAUUCGAUGUUUUGUUAAAUAUCCCUGACCACUUGUAUGACCAAAGCGAUCUAUUGCACACAAUUAUUAGCUGAAGUAAGAGUCAAUCUUAACAGUUCAAAUGGCAUCCGGAACAUUCUGAUGCUUUCUUAAAAGGCAAUCGCUUUAUUCAGCUGUCUAAUUUUCUCUCAUUUAGUCUCCAUUCUAUUUGAGCCUGUUCAAUGAGUGCAAUUUAGCUUGCAAGAUGUCACCAGAAAUUGAUUCGCUCUAAAAAAAAAAAAAAGACAACUUCACCACCGUCUGUCUUUACUUUGCCCACUUCAUUUUUACUUUACCAGUGAAAAAAUAGCUGUUAUAGUAUCACUGUAAUGUAUGAAAACAGUAUAACAGAAAGUAAUGAUAUGCAGCAAUCUGAGUGGUGCUAUCACAUUUAACUAAAUACACAUUACCAAGCAAUUUAUGAAGAACACCAGUGAAAUGUAAUGCAAUCCAACACAGUAGCUCUGCCAUAAACUUUUAUGAAGCUUCUACAGGUUUUGUUGACAUUGUCAGAAAGGUGACAUUUCUACUAUAUAUUUUUUUAUUGAGGUCAUAGUUGGCAGUGCACUGGAUCACAUUAUACUCAAAAGUCUUCCUAAUAUUUUGUCCAAUCCACGAAUACUUAAAAAUUUGGAUUAUUUUUCAAUAUAAUUCAGUCAUGUAUGCCAGCACCUCCCACAGCGACCUCAUUAAUAGACAUAAAGUAGAAUGAUCACCCUUCUGACAAUGUCAACAAAAACUGAGCUUCGUAAAAGUACAAUUUAUGGCAGAGCUGUUGUACUGGAUUGCAUUAGAUUGCACAGGUGUUCCCAAUAAAGCGCUUGGUGAGUGUAUAUAUCUCUGUUUUUUGUCAUCUGUUUUUUUUAUUGCUUUCUUAACUAGCAGAUAAAAGUCCUUCCCAUUGCCCAGGCUGCAGUGGCCCCUAAAGACAAAGCAUAGACAAGAGAAAGCAUGAGCAGUGGUGGAAACACACUCCAAAAGAAAGCAAACCCCAUACAAAUUGGAAAUGCUUAAAAUAAAAAUGAAUCUGCGGCACCAGCAGUGCUCUGGGACGCUAGGGGUAACGAUGGGCUCGAUCUGAACAGGUUGCAGGGAGCUGAGCUAUUACCAGAGUGCUAUUAUGUGACCACAAGUCCUCAAAAAGAUUAAGUAAACAUUGUUAAAGAGACACACACACACAAAACCCAAACUUGCUGAGCUUACAUAACACUUCUUAGACGUGGACACAAACAUUUUAGGAAACUGAAAUAUGUAAAGACAUCAGAUGCAAAAAAAGAAAUGGAAAAUAUAUUUAAAUCAGGAAAAGAAGAAUAUGAAAAAAGAAAAUCAUUCCAGCAUACCAGUGCAGAAAUAGAAGGAGGCUGCAAAGGACCAAGCUUUGAGAGCUUUUUUUUUUUUUUUUGGGUAUCAUGUUAAACUAAGGAUGUAUAAUUAAAGAUGCACAGAUCUCAGCUGUCUUUUGUUAUGUACUUACUGAUGUGUUCUCCUCUGCUGUUUUCACUGUUGUUGCAGUCUGCACAAUGCUUUAAAUAGUGCUACUGUUCAAACAGCUUCUUCUUUGCCGAGGCGAUUCUAAUCUCUAACACUGCAUCUCGGUGCGUUGAGCUGAAAUGACUCUCAUCUGCAACUAACAGAUAAUCAAGGCAUAGGCAUUUGUAAUUGAUGUUCUGUCAUCACAAUAACAAGGUGCACAAAUACCCAAGAGUAUUCAAGCUAUGUGAAAUAUUCAGAAGUUAAACAGAGAGACAAAAAUGGAGCACUUGUGUUGUGAUAGUUGGCUUUGAAGUCUUCUGUAUGUUUCUAUCACUGUCCUUGUUUUUUUCCAAUUAAAAUUUCAUUGUAUGAAUAAUCUCAGUUGUCCUAUCAUAUGAAACAAUGUGAUUUCCUUUAAAGACACUUAAUACCCUGGGGCGUUUGCGUGACAACUGAUAGCAGUGAGGGGUCUGAAUCCACAGAAUAAAUAAACCUCUUUUCCUGCUUUC